AUGCAUAUUGUGCUCAGUGGGGUCCUUACUUUACACAAGGUGUUUUUAGUGAAACCCGAGCCAGUUGAUGAUGCUUGCACUGACCCAAGAUGGACAUGGUUUAAGGGAUGCCUUGGAGCUUUGGAUGGUAUGUAUAUCAACGUCAGGGUACCCAUUGCGGACACCCCUAGGUACCGAAAUAGGAAGGGCCAGGUAACGACAAACACACUUGCGGUAUGCGAUCGACGACUCCGCUUUGCGUAUGUACUGCCGGGAUGGGAGGGAUCAGCAGGUGAUUCGAGGAUUUUACGUGAUGCUAUAAGCCGGCCGCUUGGACUGAAAGUUCCCAAAGAUUGCUAUUACCUUUGCGACAAUGCGUAUUCCAACAGCGAGGGAUUCAUCACACCAUAUAAAGGCGUCCGAUAUCAUUUGAAAGAGUGGGGUCCUGGAACACAAGCGCCGCAAACUCCCGAAGAACUUUUCAAUUUGAAGCACACUAAAGCAAGGAAUGUGAUUGAGCGUUCCUUUGCAGUUCUUAAGAUGCGUUGGGGAAUCCUGCGCAGCCCGAGUUUCUACCCUAUCGACGUGCAAACCGGGUUGAUAAUUGCUUGCUUCCUGCUGCACAAUUUCAUUCGUACUAAUGUGGAAGUAAAUCCCUGUGAGUACGUCUUAAGCGCUGAACUGGAUGACGGGUAUGGCAGUGACAACGAAGAGCCGGUAGUGCCUACUAUCAAUGAUGUCUCGCCAACAGCUUUGUGGACGAAGAAGAGGGAUGAUUUGGCGGCUGCAAUGUGGGGUCAAUGA